AUGACGAAGAACUAUCAAAAUCUCCUGGCCUUGGAGUUUGCUGUUAAUGAGAUCAAUGAGAAUCCCAAGAUUUUGCCAAAUGUCUCACUUGGGUUCCAUAUCCAUGACAGCUACCAUGAUGAAUGGGUGACCUAUCACAGUACUCUUCAUUUACUCUUCAAAUCCCAUCGAUUUUAUCCCAACUACAGAUGUGACACUAAAAACAGUCUGAUUGCUAUUGUUGGUGGACUGAGCUCUGAGAUCUCCUUCCGUAUGGCUGAGAUUCUAAAUCUUUUCAAGACUCCGCAGCUCCAUCCAUUUCUUCAAGGAAUUUGGUUUAACAACUCAGCAGGCAAAACCAUACAUUUUAAUGAUAAGAGAGAAAUGGGUUCUGAAUUUGAUAUCAUUAAUUUGGUCACCUUUCCAAACAAAUCCUUCUUGAAAGUGAAAGUUGGAAGACUGAAUGCUGGUGCUCCUGAAGGACAGGAAUUCAUCAUUUAUGAGGAUCAAAUUAUGUGGCCUCAAGUUUUCAACCAGGUGCCCCCUACUUCUGUCUGCAAUGACCACUGUCAGCCCGGUUACCAUAAGAAAAAGAAGGAAGGGGAGAAGUUUUGCUGCUAUGACUGUGUUCCAUGCCAAGAAGGGAAGAUUGCAAACAAGCAGAAUAUGGAUGACUGUAUCAAAUGUCCAGAAGAUCAAUAUCCAAAUAAGGACCGUGCUCAAUGUUUGCCCAAGAUCAAAACUUUUCUGUCUUAUGAUGAACCUUUAGGGAUCAGUUUGAUUUUCACUGCUCUUUCAUUUUCUCUGAUCACAUCUUUGGUUUUGGGUGUUUUUAUUAGGCACAAAGACACCCCCAUAGUCAAAGCCAACAGCAGGGGUAUCACCUACACUCUCUUAGUCUCCCUUCUGCUGUGCUUCCUCUGUUCUUUGCUAUUCAUUGGACAACCAAACAAAGUGACUUGCUUCCUCCAGCAAUUCACUUUUGGCAUCAUCUUCUCAGUUUCUGUUUCUUGUGUCUUGGCCAAAACCAUCACUGUGGUUGGAGCUUUCGUGGCCACCCAACCUGGGUCCAGCAUGAGGAAGUGGAUGGGGAAAAGACUUUCCAUCUCAAUUAUCCUUUCCUGCUCAGUUAUCCAAAUGUGUAUCUGUACAGUGUGGCUAGGAACUGCUCCCCCAUUUCCAGAUCUGGACAUGAAGUCAAUGACCACAGAGAUCAUAGCAGAAUGUAAUGAAGGGUCUAUACUUAUGUUUUAUAUUGUUCUGGGCUACAUGGGACUUCUAUCCUCCAUAAGCUUCACUGUGGCUUUCUUUGCCCGGAAAUUGCCGGACACUUUUAAUGAAGCCAAGUUUAUCACUUUCAGCAUGAUGAUGUUUUGCAGUGUUUGGCUGUGUUUUAUUCCAACCUACAUGAGCACCAAAGGGAAAUACAUGGUAGCUGUGGAGAUUUUUUCUAUUUUAGUCUCUGGUGCUGGGCUACUGUUCUGUUUAUUUUUCCCCAAAUGCUAUAUUAUUGUUCUAAGACCCGAUUUGAACAGGAGACAACACGUAAUAGCAAGAAAGCAUUAA